UCUAGGCCCUAAGGACAAUUCGCAAGCUCAGGGCACCGGUGACUCACUCAGUGUUUCCAGGAUGAUUCCCAAGGAGCAGAAGGGGCCGGUAAUGACUACCAUGGGGGACCUCACUGAACCAGUCCCUUUGCUGGACCUGGGCAAGAAGCUGAGCGUGCCCCAGGACUUGAUGAUGGAAGAGCUAUCACUGCGUAACAACCGAGGAUCCCUCCUCUUCCAGAAGAGACAGCGCCGCGUGCAGAAAUUCACCUUUGAGUUUGCAGCCAGCCCGCGUGUGCUCGUGGCAGGAAGCGCCAAGGAGAAGGUGACUGGAACAACGGAACCUGGGAUGGUUGCCAAUAGCUCCGAGGGGCAGAACUACCGCUCUGAGCUCCACAUCUUCCCGACCUCAGGGCCCGAGGGCCCUGAGGAUGCCCAGCCCACAGCCGCCCGGCCAGUGAGUGCCCACAGCCCCAGUGCCCUGGCGCCAGGCUAUGCCGAGCCACUGAAGGGCGUCCCUCCCGAGAAGUUCAACCACACGGCCAUCCCCAAGGGCUACAGCUGCCCAUGGCAGGAGUUCGUCAGCUACCAGGACGACCUGGGCGAAGGCAGAAGUCAUACCCCCAGCCUGGCGGAGUAUCGAAAUUUCAACAAGACACCAGUGCCCUUUGGAGGAGCCCUGGUGGGGGAAACCAUUCCGAGGGCAGGCACCCCCUUCGUCCCGGAGCUCACCAGUGGCUUGGAACUCCUCCGCCUCAGACCCAGCUUCAACAGGGUGGCCCAGGGCUGGGUCCGCAACCUCCCAGAGUCUGAGGAGCUGUAGCCCCAGCCGCUUCAAUUCCCCCAUCUCAGAGUUC